AUGCGUCCCUGGUCGUGUAGAGCGAGUCCUAGUGGCGGUGGAGUUGUGGGUGACCCUGUUGGAGGUCCUGGAGCUGGAGGUACUAGAGGUGCUGCUGGUGCUGGAGGUGCUAGAGCUACCACUACUGGAGGUGCAGGAGUUGGACAGCCACCGCAGCCUGAUCUACUUGAGACGCUCUCGCCGCAGGCGAUUCGUGCGUGGAUCGUUCGGCGAGGCAGUCCUGGUGGUGGGGGGUACGGUCCUGCUGGUGCUGGAGCUACUAGUCCUGGAGGUACUGCUGGUGCUGGAGGUGCUGGAGGUACUGCUGGAGGUACUGGAGCUGCUAGGCCUGGAGGUACUGGAGGUGCUACUGGUGCUGGAGGUGCUGGAGGUGCUGCUGGUGCUGGAGGUACUGGAGGUACUGCUGGAGGUACUAGAGGUGCUGCUGGUGCUGGAGGUACUGGAGCUACUAGGCCUGGAGGUACUGGAGGUGCUGCUGGUGCUGGAGGUGCUGGAGCUGCUAAUGCUGGAGGUACUGCUGGUACUGGAGGUGCUUGGGGUACUGGAGCUGCUGGCACUGGAGGCGCUGGUGCUACUGGUGCUGGAGCUGCGGGAGCUGUUGGUCCUGGAGGUGCUCGUACUAGAGGUACUGGAGCUGCCGGGGCUGGAGGUGCUGCUGGUGCAGGAGGACGUGGAGCUACUGGUACUGCUGGUGCUGGAGGACGUGGAGCUACUGGAGCUGCUGGUGCUGGAGGUGCUGGUCCUGCUGCUGGUGCUGGAGGUACUGGAGGUGCUGCUGGUGCUGGAGGUGCUCCUGGUACUGGAGGUACCAGAGGUAUUGCUGGAGGUACUAGAGGUGCUGCUGGUGCUGGAGGUACUGGAGCUGCUAGGCCUGGAGGUACUGGAGGUACUGCUGGUGUCGGAGUUACUGGAGGUGCUGCUGCUACUGGUGCUGGAGGUGCUGCUGGGAGUACUGGAGGAGCUGCUCGUGCUGGAGGUACGGGAGCUGCUGGUGCUCUUCGCCACCUUCUCAGUCUUCCGCCAGGUACUACUGACUUCCUUGUGGCAGGUACUACUCCUCCGUUACUGUUUCCACCGACAGACCAGUCACAGCCGCAGCUGCUACCGCACCCCCCACUGCCUGCUCUUGCUCCUUACACUUCGGUGACGCAGUCUCUGACUGAGCGUCGAAAGCCUGAGACUCGUGCUUCCACCCCUGAGCGUCGAGAGCCUGAGUCCAGCUUUGACCUUGAGCCCGAGCCUAGAGCUGCUGUCCGUGCUCGUGUUCCUCGAGUUCGUCGUCAGCGUGCUCCGGCUGUCCCAGGCACUCACAAUAUGACACUCCGUCCUUCCUCUGUUCCACAGCGUGUUGUCCUGCCGUUACCUCCUGCGUCCUCUCUUCCUGACGUUGCUGACCCUCCGUCUGACCUUGCUCAUGCGUCCAGUCCGACUGUUACCCGCUUUCUUGCUACGGUGGUGACUGGCCCUUCGUUCUCGUCUCCUGCUGCGUCUGCCUUGGUCGCUGAGCUCGUUGACUUUGCUGCUGUGUACCGCCUAGACUACCUUGCGAGACAGCAGGAGGAGCUGGAGUGCCUUGCGGCCGCUGUACCUCAUCUCGCUACCAUGCUGCUUGCCCCUGAGGGAGACCCGGAUGCACUUGACAUCCCCACCCCGCGCUCUUACAGAGAGGUGAUUUCGGUUGAGUACUCCUCUCAGUGGCAGACAGCCAUGGACACAGAGAUGGCUUCCUGGAAGUCCACAGGCACCUACGUCGACGCGGUUCCCCCACCUGGGGCGAACAUCGUCACACAGCGCGACUACGAGCUGCACUCCCUCGACUUCUCGACAGCUUUCUUGCAGGGUAGCCUUCACGAGGCCAUGUGGUUGCGCCGUCCACAGGGCUUCACUGGAUCGUUUCCUGAGGGUACCCAGUGGAGCCUACGGCGACCAGUGUACGGCCUGCGUCAGGCGCCCCGUGAGUGGCACGACACACUGAGGACGACGCUUGCGGCUCUUGGUUUCGCUCCCUCGACAGCUGACUCGUCGCGGUUGCUGCGCACUGACACCACUCUGCCGGCGUUCUACAUCCUCGUGUACGUCGACGACUUGGCCUUUGCUACUCCUGACACUGAGGCACUGGCCCGCGUGAAGACGGAGCUGCAGAAGAGACACACCUCCACUGACCUGGGUGAGCUGCGGAGCUAUCUUGGCUUGCAGAUCGCCUGGGACAGAGCACGGCGCACCAUCACCCUGACGCAGUCACACAUGGUGCAGCAGGUCCUUCAGCGCUUUGGCUUCACGUGGUCCUCGCCACAGCCCACUCCUCUGUCUACCGGCCACGUCUCGUUCUCAGCUCCACCUUUGGACGAGUCCGUAGAGCCGAGUGGUCCGUACCCAGAGCUUGUGGGUUGCGUCAUGUACCUGAUGACGUGCACACGACCUGACCUCGCGUACCCUCUCAGCCUUCUGGCUCGCUACGUGGCUCCUGGAGCUCCGCUGGCUGACCUACCUGCUGACCGACUUGGGGGAGCGGCCUCGUUCUCCUCCAGUUCUGUACGUCGACAACAAGGCAAUGCUUGCCUUGUGUUGCGAGCAGAGACUGGAGCACAGAACGAAGCACAUUGCUCUUCGCUACUUCUCCUUGCGCGUGAGCUGCAGCAGCGUGGUCAGCUGUGCCUUGCUUACGUGGCCUCUCGGGCCAACACUGCUGAUGUCUUCACCAAGGCCCUUGGGUCUGGUGAUCAUCAGCGUUUGUGCACUGCUCUUGGGCUUGUGCCCACUCUGCCUCACUUGCUGGUUGCUUGA